CAAGUGGGUGAGGAUUAAAAAUGGCGAUUUUGAAGUCCUGUUGGUCACCAUUUGUUUGGACAAAUGAUAUUAGGACAGGAUCCAGAGCUAUUGCUUUUUACACAAUUGCACUUAGUAUAAUACAUGUUGCACUAAUCUGUUAUCAAUUAAGUGGAGGAGAUUCAACGCAGUUGUAUAAUCCUUUGUUUGAGGCUGAUGUCAGAGGAUCUAUGCAAGUUUUUGGAGGUCUCUUCAUAUUCUACUUUAUUCUCUUAACCAUGGCAGCAUUAUUAGUGGUGUAUGGAAUAAAAGAGGGAAUACGAGGAUGGCUACUUCCUUGGCUUAUAUUAUGGUUCAUUGCAUGUUUAUUCCAAAUGGUUUUUGGACUAUGGCUCGUAGGAGGUUACUAUAUCUAUCUUGAUGCAACGUUUGCAGCAAUGUGUAUAUGGUUUUGGAUGUCAUAUAAUAUAUAUUGUUGGCUAGUUGUUCUAUCAAUGUACAAAGUAUUUGAAAAAUUGCAAUCUCCAAACAUAGAGUUACUAUGGCCAUAAGCACUCAUAAAACUCUAUUUACAUGACAUACAGUACAUUGAUUGACACCAAAGUAAGAUACAGUGUAUUUAUAGAUGGAUUUACUAUAUUUUAUUUUGUAUAUUUCUACACAAAACCAGAUGAAGAGUAUUACUUACAAUAACUAAUAAUUAACCCAGAAAAACGCCAUUGUGUGUUAUAUUUAACUUGAUUAUUACUAUUUAUUUUAUAAAUAUUUAAUACUAUCAACAUUGUAAUCGCAUAAGUACCAUACUUCAGUGUCAUUAAUGUACAAUUAGUUCAAAGGUUUCAAAGUGUAGAACUUUUAUAUUAUAAGAGAAGACUGAUAUUGGUCUAAGGAAAUAUCCGUCCAAAUUUCAGAGAUCUUUAUACAUUUGCCAAUAAAUUUAUGUAAUAGAUUUUGUACCUGGUUGCUUUACACAAUCAGAAACAUAUAAGCUUUUAAUAAAUAUUUGUAUGAAACAGAUUUUUAGUAUUUCGUAAUAUUUGUAAACAGCUUUUACGAUUAAUACAAGUU